AUGACUGACUGCUUAAUUAAUUCCUUUCAACAUUCGAAUCUUUCGCUCUGUUCCUAUAGAUCGAUUUGUCAAUAUUCGACGGUCUCAUCCUACCAAAUAUUUUUAUGUUUAAUUGGUUCGAUACCAUUUAAUAUUCACUUAUGUGUAUACCUUCUUGGCACUCUAUUAAAUCUUCUCUUCUUCGGAACAUUCUGUCAAGCAAAUGUUCGCGAAAUGGGAAGUGGAAUUUAUCGUUUAUGGAUAUCACUUAUCGGUCAGCUGAAUUUGACCAUAAUCAUCUGCCAUGUUUUCUUCGAAAUGACUCAACAACAUAUCGAAAGCAGUUGUAUAUUCUCAGAAUACUUUCAAAUCGUUCUUCCUUCGCUCGUAGAAUCGUCGAAUGUACUUUCAUUUCGAAUCUACCUUUGCCUGUUUUGCAUUUUUACCAUCGGCCGCGCCGUAGAAUAUCGACAGGUUUCACCUAGUUGA